AUGGCUAGUUCCGCGGAAUCCGCCGCCUUUCCCUGCACUCUUACCCUCAACAUUCCUUUCCCGUCGCCCACUCACGCCACCAACGCCCUGCGCGCCCUCGCCGUUGAUGAGGAAUUGUCUUCGCUAGUCAAGCGCUCGCUUUCGGUCUCGCCCGAUACCCCGAACGUUCUCGACGUGCACUACUCUGCUACGACAAACCGGAUGCUGCGCGUGGCUGUGAACGGCUUCUUCGAUAGUCUGGGUGUCGUACUGGGCGUGAUGGAAGAGCUGGACGUGGAUACGGUGUUAAAAGAGGGCAAAGAGAGUGUAGAGGGCGCGCAAGGACUGAUGCCAGUGAAGGGUAGUGUGGGUUGA